CCAUAUACCUGCGCCCGCGCUCCCUCGUUUCCUUCGUCAUCGUGAGAUUCGAAUAAACCGGCUUGGUAAGAGCGCGAAUAUUAGACUUACCCUUUUAUCACUUGGCGGCGCUACUAGUCGAACCAUUAAACAAGUGUUUUAAUUAAAUAAUAAUAUAGUUUUGACCUACUCUAAUUUGCGUGAACUAAAUUGUAUCAGAGACAAAACAUUGCGUCAUAUUUAUGAGACAAAGAUACAUUAUAUAUAACACAAUAAAAGUAAAUAUACUGCUUUGUUAUUUAUAUUCGUGUGCGUAUGAUUCCAAUAAGUAUAUUUUAUAUGGUCAGGCAUUCAUGGCCUAUGUAAACUGGGGAAUCAAGAGGUCCUGGGUUCACAGCAAGGGUUGGUAGCAACACAUUAAGUGGGUUUUCUCACAUGACUAGGCCCUUUAAAAGCGAUGGCGUCAGGAGGCACGUUGUAAAAAUUUUGUCAAAUCUCUUGUAUAAAAUGUUUAAAGAGUGACGCCGCUCAUGCAUGAAAGUAGGAAAGGACAAAUUCCAAUUAAAAAUAAUGUAUCUUGUUCAAAAUUAAUGGACUUGCGGCCGAUUUCAAUAAACGACAACUGAUUAUAACGACAUCUGUUCCAACAAGCCGGCAUAAUUGCAUCGACUCUCGAACGGCGAUCAUCUCUCGUCAGUCGACAUUCUAUUGGACCUUGCUCCGCUUGCCAUCAGGUGCAGUGGAGUCGCACAGUUGCCGUGUCUGCAUUAAAAAAAAUGACGGACGGCAAAAAUCAACCAAUCAGAACAGUUUGUUUCACAUGCAAAAUAAGUGCCUAAAGAAGACUUAUUUUGAUUGGUUUGUUCUUACGAUGCCGCAUUUAAGGAUUGGCUCAUUGCAAUCGACGGUGAGUCAUUUUUAUAAAUAACGUGUAUGUAUAGUUAAUUCGACUGAGACCAUUUAUUAAAUAAAUAACGUUAAUUUAUGUAAUGAUAAUUAAAUGAAAUAUUUUAUUCUACUUUACGAAUAAGUUAUUUUUAAAACCCUGUAAAAUGUUCGCCUAGUUCAGGAGCCUCUGGAAAUUUUAGUAUUUAAUCACGAUUAUUGCGAUACUAUUUAUUUUAAUAUAAUUAUUCAGUAUGUUUGAUUUUAUAUAAACUACAUGUAUUUGUAUGUCAUACUAUACAGGAAACCGAUUUUAUUAGUCUAAUAAUUUAUUUAUUUAUUAAAAUUGCAUCAACUAAAUAACAGUAGUAAACCUUAACAUAAUUAAUAAUUGAAGGCCACGAUACUCUUACCAAAUCAAUAAAAAAACACCCUAAUUUAUCAUCAUAAUGUUGUUUAUUUUUUAAGACACUGCGGUGUGAUAUUAUGAAUAGUGUCUUGAUACAAAUAUCGCAGAAGAAGUCACGUUUCAAACAUGUAUUUACAUCGCAAUUCCUUUAUAUGAUACGUUUGUUAAGUAAAUAAGUUAUUACGUACUUUAGUUGGUUAGGUGUAGAUACAGACGUUAAUUUGAAACGUAAUUUCUUUCCACCAACUUGUGUCAUACCAAGCCAAUUUAUUAAUAAUUAUAUUUUAUAAUGUUCUUGGCUAUUUCAUUUAUAUUUUUUACAUUAUUUUGUUGUUAUUUUGUGUAUUUGCAUAAACGUAUUCAUUAUCAUUUCGAGAAGAAUGAUUUGAAGUAUUUGCCUGGUGUGCCUGUGUUUGGAAAUAUUCUCCUUAGUACUUUGGGCAGAAGACAUAAUGUUGAAGAUAUGGACGCUGUAUAUAAAGCAUUCCCUGGAGAACGAUACGUAGGCUACAUAGAAGGGACCAAGCCCGUCAUUCUAAUUCGAGACCCUGAGCUAAUGAAGAGGAUAACGAUAAAGGACUUCGAAUACUUCGCGGACCGUAAGGAGUUCUUUCCCGUGGAAAUAGCACCUUUGCUUGGAAACAGUAUGAUUAAUACUAAUGGAUACAAAUGGCGCGAAAUGCGGCUCAACUUGAGUGCGUCGUUUACCGGCUCCAAAAUGCGGCAGAUGUUUCCGUCCAUGGUGGAUGUCAGCGAAAACAUCGUGAGCUAUUUAAAAAGUUGUCAGGCCACGCCCGUGGAUAUGGUGGAUACGAUGCGUCGAUACGCGAACGAUACCAUGGCGUCUGCAUUUUUUGGUAUACAAGUGAAUUCUGUUGAAAAUAGAAAUAAUGAAUUCUAUAAAACUGGAAAAGACGCGGCAGAUUUUACAGUUUUGGACAAAGUUUGUUACUUUUUGGCCGUGCAGUCGCGGUUAUUGGCCAAAGUCAUGCAAAUUUUGGGUAUACAAAUUUUCAGUAUGAAGCAGAUAAAUUUUUUCAGAGACAUUAUAGCUAAUAAUAUAAAGCUCAGGAAACAGAACAAUAUCUCUAGACCAGAUUUCAUACACCAUUUAUUGGAUUUGCCGGGGGACUGGAAUCCAGAUGACAUAACAGGUCAAGCAUUCUUCGCCUUUCUGGCUGGUUACGAGACCUCUUCAUCAAUUCUGGCUAUCUGCAUCCACGAAUUAGCACUAAAUCCGGACAUACAGGAACGUUUGUACCAGGAGAUCAGAGCAAGCGCGGAUGUACACAAGGAGUUAAAUUACGACACCCUUGCCAGUUUGAAGUAUUUGGACUGUUAUUUAAAUGAGAUUAACCGUAAGUGGGCAGCAGCUAUAGUCAUGGACCGAAUUUGCACACGAACUUAUGAACUACCACCGCCUAGAGAAGGAGGCAAACCAUAUAAAGUAAUGCCCGGCCAACUGGUAUACAACGUGGUGAAUCCAGUCCACAUGGAUCCGAAGUACCAUGUCAACCCUGAGGUACUGGACCCUGAUAGGUUCUCCGACGAGAACAGACCUAACAUAAAACAGUUUACGUUCCUGCCGUUUGGAAUGGGCCCGAGGCGGUGUUUGGGUUUACAAUUCGCAACAAUGCAGAUGAAAUUGAUACUCUAUCAAAUGGUAUUAAACUUCGAGAUACAGAAAUGCGAGAUGACCACAGACCCCAUCCGAAUGUACCCCAGCGUGCUGAUUAUCAAGUCCAUUGGAGGAACAUGGGUUCGAAUACGUCACAGGCUUCGAACGUAACCUAAUUUUGAUUUCAGAAUAGAACUGUUAACGGAAUUCUAUUUUUAAAUUUAAGUUUAAAAUUCUAAUUUCAAAUUUUGGUAAAUGAGACGCGUAGUUGUUAACAUAAUUAUAGGUAUAUGAAAUUGGCGGUAUCGGAAUAUCGAAAGCAUUUUCCUUGCGAGGUGAUGAGGCCUUAAAUGUUUAAGUAUGUAUUCAGACAAUGGUGUAGAAACGCCUGAAAUGUUUUUAAUGUAUUGAAUAUUGAUGCUGAAGAUCUUUUUCUGAUUAUUCUGGUUUAUAUGCUUUAAUAUUUUUAUACAAUAAAUAUAUA